GGCGCAUCGCCAUGUUCCACCCCGCAAUAGUGCCGGUGAAGCAGCUGGUGCCCAUACUCUGCGAGGCCCUCAGGGACGUGCCGCGGGUCGCGGCCAACGUCUGCUGGGUCACGCAGGUGCUGGCGGAGGCGCAGGAGUGGCCGAGCCCGGCCCAGCCCCCGCACACCACGGCCCUCUCGGAGUUCUUCCCGAGCGCGGCCGAGGCGCUGGUGGGCUGCGUGUCGAGGCCGGACGCCGAGGAGCGGCAGCUGAGGAUGACCGCCUACAACGCGCUCAGCGUGCUGGUCAGCCGGGCGGGCCUGGACUGCGCGGGGCACAUGCAGACGCUCACGCAAGUGAUGCUGACGCACCUGUCCGCGUCCUUCGCGCUGCCCGAGCAGGUGAGCCGGGAGUGCGAGCUGCAGGGCUACAUCUGCGGCGUGCUCACCGCGCUGGUGCAGCGGCUGAGAGAAGCCACCCUGCCCGUCGCCGACAGGAUAAUGGAGGAGGCCCUCAAAGUCAUAUGCGCCUACAAGGCUGUGAAGGGCGGUGCGCCGGUGCUCCAAGAGGAGGCGCUGCUGCUCGUCGCCGCCCUGGCGAACGCAGUGGGUGCAGGCUUCGAGCGCUUCAUGCCGCACUUUGCGCCACACCUGCAGGUCGGGCUGGCGAACUACGAGGACCAGCAGGUGGCGUUGCUGGCGCCGCUGGUCAAGGUGGACGAGGAGGUGGCGGCAAGGGAGCAGCUUGGAAGGCCCCACCUGACCGAGAUGGUGCGGGCGGGCCGCGAAGGCGUCGUGGCUCGGCCCUCUGGGGCCAGUCGCGCCUUCCGCGGCUGGGCCCAGCACGCCGACUUCGGCGCAGGGCCGCAGGCGGCGCCCACCACGGCGGCCGAGGCCCGGCGCCGUGCUCGUGGCCGCCGUCGUAGGGCUGGCGAGGCAGCGUCGGCUCCCACCACGGACGGCCUGGAGGACGAGAAGGAGGAGCUGCAGGUGAAGGUCUCAGUGCACCCUGGCGCUCAGCCGAUGGGGGAGCUGAUGAAGAAGGACUUCAAGUGCGCCCCUGGAUGCCAGGCCACCCUGGAGGUCAAGGCGGUGGGGUCGGCCAUUGACGAGCUGGUCCUGGAGAACACUCGGCUGCUCAAGGGGGAGACCAAGCGCGACUCCGACAAGCUCGGCGUGAAGGACCCCAUGGAGAAGCGGCUGCCGCUGACCGUCAGCGCUGCCAAGCAGAUGGUCCUGGGCGCCGCGUGCGCCGUGAAGAUGCUGGAGCACCAGCUGACGGAGGCCCGAUCCGCGCACGAGGCCGCCUGCGUGGAGGUCCUCGGCGCGGGCUUCGCGCCGUCGCAGCUGUUCGACAACGGCGGGGCUGGCCCGUGA